GUGCGCCCAAUGCGCAGUGUACCCCAAUCCCCGUGCUUGCCUUUGUCCCUUUCUGCUCUCGCUUUGCUCUCCCUCUCUCCCUCUCUCUGAGCACUCUCCAAGCUUCCACCUCUGGGGGAAUUCUAACGCCCUCUCGCCCUCCUCAGAGCUCUCUCUUUCGGUCCCAUCGAUCUAUCUGACAACAAAAAAAGGAACGAAAAAUACGAGGAGAAAAAGAGAUCAAAAGGACUCGUCCAUCAAGAAUCCUGUUGCAAGUGGAGGAAGAAAAAGGGGGAAAAAAGCGAAUAAGAACGGAGUUCGGAGUUCUUGCCUUCUGCCUCUUUUGAUAUUAUUUCUUUGAGCGCUUCGUGAUCUUUUCUUCAAGGCCAGGUUUUCUUGCUCCCCCAUCUCUUGAUCCCUUUCCCCCGCGAUCGCUCACACGAGUCGCUGCUCCUCUCUCCGUCGCCCAUAGCUCUCGUCGUCUCUCUCUCUGAAGGUGGAAGGACGAGAUCUUGUUUUGCUGUUGGAAGCCCAAUGUCGCCAAGACGGAAGAGUGGUGAUUCUUGAUCUGUUUUUUCUGAUUGUGUUCUUGUGGAUUUGGAUUUAGAGAUGGGUGGUGAUCAAGACGGGUGUUUGAAGGGGUUCGAUGCAUCAGCUGGGGGACUGGUUUGGGUCCGCCGUCGGAAUGGAUCGUGGUGGCCUGGCCGGAUACUUGGUCGGGAUGAGCUACCAGCAAAAUGCUUGCUUCCACCGAGAUCUGGAACUCCCAUUAAGCUUCUUGGAAGGGAAGAUGGGAGCAUGGACUGGUAUAACCUUGAAAAAUCAAAGCGUGUAAAAGCAUUUCGCUGCGGGGAGUAUGAUGAGUGCAUUGAAAGGGCCAAGGCUUCUGCAGUUUGCUCUAAAAAAAAGCCAGCCAAUGCAGGAAAGUAUGUUCGCAGGGAAGAUGCAAUCCUGCAUGCUCUCGAGAUUGAAAACGCUUAUUUCUCCAACCGAAAUCAGAUUAAAUCAGGGAUGAAUAACUCUAUGGCUAAAACAAAUAGUUUGGUCAUGCAAUCAAAAAACAUGCUUGGUCUUAACAAACAGCCAAGUUAUGUUUCCAGAAAACUUGGUGUGCUUAAUGAAAGCUCUGCUCAGGAGUUAUCUCAAUCAGUGUUGUCAUUUGAACAACCAAAUAACCAAACUGCUAGUGACAUGCAGUUUGUGCCAAAAAAGAGAUGGAGGACACCAAAUGAUUCAGAGGAUGAUGCCACUGAAGGAAUAAAACGUAUGAGAGAUCUUCAGGAAAUAGGAUUGGGGAUGGUAUCCAAAAGAAAGCCUAAUAUUGAUGUUCAACCAAAAGGAGACAAUGAGCUAGCUUUUGUUAACAAUGCUUCUCUCAGUGAAGCAAACAACGAUAAUGGUUUUUCUAGUACUUUCCAUAUAAAUAGCAGAAAAGCUUCUUGCUCAUCAGUGAAGCAAAAACGAUCUCAUGUGGUCCUACCUUAUGAAAAUUCGAGAAAGAAAAACCAUCAUAGCCCACUAACUAAGGUUCGCAAGGGCACAAGGGUUAUAAUUCCAUCAUAUUGUCAUUGGGGUGGUGGCUUUGUGGGACUUUCAUCUCUCCAGGGAGAGACACCAAAAAAACUAGUGGCACCUAAAUCUACCACAAAGAAGGGAGAGUUUUUAGCGGUCACCGAUAACAGUCCAGUCUGUUCAGGCACUUCAUGUGAGGAGGCUUUAUUGGAUGACUGUGAGAACACUUGUAACACUGUUGAUGGCACCCAUCAAUCUGAAAUUAAGGAUAGUGAACUUUCAGGCAUGCUAGAAUUUAUUGAUGAUGAUUGCUCUGACGGCCUUAUUGAUGUUCCUCUUUUCAUGGAAGACAACAUUGAUGGAGACUAUCUCCACCUGUUUGAAUCUUGUGGAUCUAGAAACCUUCAGCCUCAUGCUGCAGAUAAGCAUUAUAACCAUUGCAGUCAGGAUAGGUUUACUUCACAGUUUAGUGAAGGACUUGGUGAGAGUGGCUUUGCUGGAUCUGGAGCUCACGUUAAUCAUAUCAGACAGAGGAUAGACAAGAAGAGUUCAGAACGGUAUCCAAAUGGGAAAAAGAAUUUGAAAUAUCUAAGACUGAACCAAAGGAUAGAUUCAGAAAGCUUUGGUGGCAGGGCUGAUCGGUUCGAGUAUUCGUUGAAGGAUAAAAUGCAGAAGGAUAGAUUGUUUGUAGGUUCUGAAUGUAAAAUUGGCAACAACUCCUAUGAUGAGUCCCUGACAUCUGACAAUUGUGGGCAGUUGGUGAAAUGUGAGUCAGUUGCAGAUGUAGGUGAUGUUCCCCAAGCUCAGACUCCCAAUUUUACCAAACUCCCUUGCGUGAAUGACGUGGGAUCAAACUUUGCUAGUGAACAAGUUAUCCAGUCAGCUGAGGUUGUAAACAAGCUCUCAAACUCAUUGUCGUUUGCAAGAGAUAUAGAUGCACCAUUCACAGUGCCUGUCUCUACCAUCCCACCCCGACAAUCAUUUGUAAAUCACCAAGUUCAUCUCCCAGCUUUUUCCAGGCACCAGGUCCCAAAGCCAGUCAGAAGCUUGUUAAUGGAUUCUCUUCUAUUUGAUGUUGAGUUGAAUGUUCAAGCAAGCUACCAGGGUCCACACGUGCCGCUGGUUUCUCUCAUGAGUAAAUUGAAUGGUAAACCCAUUGUAGGCCACCCUAUUUCUGUAGAGGCUCUUGAGGAUGGUGCUGCUGUUGCUCUGGUGACUAGAAAUGGACGGUGCCCAAUUACAAGCAACAUUGACCGAUCACUCAAGAAUAGGAUCAGUAUGAUUGAUAAAUUGCAGCCAAGGGAGUAUAAAACACAAUCGAAUCUCAAUAUUCAAGGGAAGAAAGCUAAUCAUAUAAAGGUCAAGUCUCCCUCAAUGAAAAAGAAGUCUUCAAAAAAUAAGAAAUCAGGGUUCUCUCCGAGAAAGAUUCGCAGGCUAUCAUCAAUUGCUGUUGAUCAGAAAUACAAGCAGGAAGAGAGAAAGCCAAUGGUGGAAAAGAUCAAGGGACCUGCUGUUGCAUGCGUCCCCCUCAGACUUGUUUUUAGUAGGAUUAAUGAAGCAUUGAGCUGUUAAGUGCGACCAGCAAAUGUUAGCUAACACCAGGCAGACGAGGACUCCAACUUUCCUUCUUGAAUCUUGCUGAAGUGACAAAAAUUGGUGCCUUUGUCUCUCAGUACGUGGAAGUUGCUGACGUUGUAAAUUCCGCCCCCAAAAUAGACAUACUGAUCUUGUUCAUAUCCUUUGUAUUAGUUUGCAGUCCAUCACUGGAUUAGGAAAUUGUCAGGCAUUACCUAUAGUUUCAUUGAAGCAUUUAGUUUAGAAAAUCUCAUCAUUGGAUAUUUUGGCUUUCACAGGUUGUUGUGGCUGUAUAUGUCUAGAACUUGAGAUGAAAUAUGGUGCUUCAAAUUUUGACAUUUUAAAUAGAUGAGUCAUUUACCUGUCUCGGUUCACUUACCUGCAUUAAGUUGCACCAUGUUUGCUUUAUUCUCUCGUGGAAUCCUCUGCUUGAUUUACUCAAGACUCAAAAGAGUGGCUUGACUGGUGGCUUUAGCAGAAGAUUGCGCAUGCUUGGGGCCUUAAUUUUCCUGCCUUUCUUGUCUGGGUAGAUUGACUUCGUGUUUUCGUACAAAUCUUUGUAUCAUAUACACGUUCAUGUUUUCACUCCUCUAUUGUAAUGAUGCAUCUUGACAGGCUAUCCGCUCACGGAAUGAUACUCGUGUAGGGCCACUAACGAAUUCCGUGUUCCCUUCAAAUGUUGUGAUUGCGUGCAAGAUAAAAAAAGAUCCAUAUUAGAUUGAACCAUAUCGCGGAGGAGAGGUCAAGAUUCCAUCUGGCAGAGGGAUCUACCCCGGGAAGGGCUCUCGAUCGAGAGACCUUCUCAAUUGUGAAUGAAUCGACGUGGUGAAGACAGAGAAGAUCAUAAAUUUCUUGGUCAGUGCGGAUGAUGGUAGUGAUGUCUCGGUGCUUCCAAUAGUUGGAUUGGGCGGAGUUGGGAAGACCACACUUGUCCAGCUUGCUUAUAAUGAUCAGGGGAUAAAAGAGCACUUUGAUCUUAAAUUAUGGGUUUGUGUUUCAGAUGAUUUUACCAUCCAGAAAAUUAUAAAAGCGAUUAUUGAGAGUGCCACCGGCCAAAAGUGUGAUCUCUCAAACUUGGAAGCUGCGCAGCUUCAGCUCCAAGCUAAACUGAGAAGGAGGAGAUUGUUGCUCGUUCUGGAUGAUGUCUGGACUGCUGGACUCUGGACUCUGUUCAAGCAAAGAGCAUUUGGCCCAGAAAGAGAAGAAACUCCAAGGUUGGUCGAAAUUGGAAAGCAGAUCGUUGAAAAAUGCAGGGGAUUGCCUUUGGCUGCAAAGUCUGUCGGAAGUCUAAUGAGGUUCAAAACUGAGGAAGCGGAGUUGGUGCAUCUCAGAGAUAGCGAACUUUGGAGAUUGCCUGUAAACGAGAACAGUAUAUUAUCAGCAUUACAGUUGAGUUAUGAUCAUUUGCCCUCUUAUUUGAAGCAGUGUUUUGCUUAUUGUUCAAUAUUUCCAAAAGAUUAUAUAAUUAAUAAGGAGAAACUGAUUCAGUUGUGGAUUGCCGAAGAUUUCAUCCCAAAAAUGGACGGUGAUAUGCAUCAGGAGGAAGUUGGCAACCAAUGCUUCAAUAGCUUGUUGUGGAGAUCCUUUUUUCAGGAUACCAGAAAGGAUGAGUAUAACAACAUAUGCUUGUGUAAGAUGCAUGACUUGGUCCAUGAUCUUGCAUGUUCUACGCAAGAGAUGAGUCCUCGAUCAUGAGGGGGGACAUGAAGAGAAGCAUUCCACAUGGAUGACUGUAUUCAUCAAUUGUUGAUGACGAUUACUUGUCGGUAGUUCAAGUUCUUGCAAGGCUGAGAGAUCAUCACUUGGGAACUUCAAGCAAAUCCGGUUAUAUAGUGUGUGUAACACUGCAAUCAUCUUUAAUUUAUUUACCUUGUUGAAUCAAAA